AUGGCAAUCAUAGUUCCGCACUGGAGUAGCAACAAGGCCAUGUCCCCGUUCGUUUGGGCGUGCGCCUGGCUUGAAUGCCCGGGCGUCGCGAGUGACUGGUACGGCGGCGCGAUUCAUGUCAAUGCAGGGGAAUCCACCCAAGCCGCCAUCAACGCCGCUCAUCCUGGACAGUUGAUUCUCGUCGCUGCGGGAACGCCUGGCCGGUCCCGAUACAGAAGCUGGUAUCUGUGUGCCGGGCAGAAUGUCCAGCUUGCUGAGUUUGUCGUGGAGCACAGGAGGGUCAUCUCGGUCGGCCGUCCCGUUCAGGACGUGGUUGUGACGGGGUUCGAAGUCCGCGGGUUCUCUGGGCUGAAUAUCGCCGUGGUGGGUGGCCAGGACGUCCAUGUGAAGGGGAAUACACUCUACGACGGCGCGCAGUAUGGGUGCUUGACGGUGGGUUCAACGAGUAGCCAUAUUGAGAGCAACACCGUGGCGUCAUCCUGCGCUAUGGGUGAUGACCUGCUCUUCAUCGCCAUCUGCAUGCACGACCCGUCCGACCUGCACGUCACCAAGAACCACGUCGCCGACUACUCUGUCGGACUGUGCGUGCAGACCGACGGCGCCGACGUGUCGAGCAACGACGUCACGAACGCCGACGGCAACCCGCUCUGCGCGAGCGUGCCGGGUGGUGCGCUGGUCGGCAUCGCCCUCCUCGGCGCUUUUGACCAGGUCCAUGCAAACCUCGUCGAGGGCCUUACGACCGGCGGAACCAACGGCAGCGCCGUGGGCAUCGCCAUCCUGAACGACCCCGUGACAGGGCUCGAGUCGGCAAACAACACCGUGACAGGCAACGUCCUUCGUGGGAAUGAUGUCGACAUCUUCGUCGACACCCCAGGUCAAGGUGUCGAGGGGAAUCAGUGCUCGACACCGGCUGAACUGUGCAGUUAG